GCGCGGUUGCCACGGCAACAGAGCAACAGCAGCUGAGAGGGUUCUCCAACCGCCAUGUACGAGGCGGCGCUGCUUGACGGCGGCACAGAGCCGCUGACGCACGAGUCCUGCGAGAGGGUCGUCGUCAACGUGUCGGGGCUGCGAUUCGAGACGCGGCUCAAGACACUCGGCCAGUUCCCGGACACCCUUCUAGGCGACCCCGGCAAGAGGUCGCGCUACCACGACCUCCUGCGCAACGAGUACUUCUUCGACAGGAACCGGCCGAGUUUCGACGCCAUCCUCCACUACUACCAGUCCGGCGGGCGGCUGAGACGCCCGCUCAACGUCUCCCUCGAAGUGUUCGGCGAGGAGAUCGAGUUCUACGAGCUCGGCAACGAGGCCGUGGUCAAGUUCUGGGAAGACGAGGGCUUCAUCGGAGAGGAGGAGGUGGAGGAGGAGGAGCCGCUGCCAUCGGACGAGUUCCAGCGGCGGGUGUGGCUGCUGUUCGAAUACCCCGAGAGCUCCAUCGCGGCCAGGGGAAUUGCCACCGUGUCCGUGCUGGUCAUCCUCAUCUCCAUCAUCAUAUUCUGCCUCGAGACUCUGCCUGAACUCAGGGACGAGAAUAAGCAGAAGUUUCUCCCGGCAAAGGACAUGAACGGGACGCGGGUCGACGGCACGCAUCGCGGCUCUGUCCCCGAUCCAUUUUUUAUCGUGGAAACUAUUUGCAUCGUUUGGUUUUCCUUUGAACUGCUGGUGAGGUUUUUUGCGUGCCCCAACAAACUGGGAUUUUUCAAAAGCAUCAUGAACAUCAUUGACAUCGUGGCCAUCCUGCCCUACUUCAUCACCCUUGGCAUCGAGAUGGCCAAGCCCCAAGGGCAUGACCAGCAGGCCACGUCACUGGCGAUUUUGCGGAUGACCCGGCUGGUGCGAGUGUUCCGGAUACUCAAGCUGUCCAGGCACUCCAGGGGCUUGAAGAUCCUGGGCCAGACUUUGAAGGCGAGCGCGAGCGAGCUGGGCCUGCUCGUAUUUUUCCUCGUCAUCGGCGUCAUCCUCUUCUCCAGCGCCGUCUACUUUGCCGAGGCCGACCAACUAAACUCGGAGUUCCGAAGCAUCCCCGACACCUUCUGGUGGGCCAUCGUAACCAUGACGACGGUGGGUUACGGCGACAUGUGUCCCGUGACGGCGUGGGGCAAGGCGGUGGGCUCGCUGUGCGCCAUCGCCGGCAUGCUCACCAUCGCCCUCCCCGUGCCCGUCGUCGUCUCCAACUUCAACUACUUUUACCGCCGCGAGACGGGCGGUGAGGAGCGCGCGAGCCGCCUGCGUCUCUCAAGCCGCUUGCAGCAGCAGCAGCAGGUGGAGGAGAGAAGAAAUAGCGGAAGCCGUCCACAAGCAGCUUCACAUACGUGGAGAUGCGCGACGAUCUGAGCAGCGACGUUGACUUCGAGGUGAAGAUGCACCUCAAGCGCGACAAACACAACGGCAUCGACAGAGACGUCCGAUGCUCCGCCUUGCAAGUCGUCACGAAAUGCCUCGAGGUAUUUGUUCGCGAUGAAUGUGCACUGACAUCGCUUACCUGUCGCUACGCUUGAAUGGUCGAAUGGACGUUUGAGUCGCGUGGUCAAUAAAUGUUUUCAAGUCAACUUCACGUCUGCGAACGUAAGUGUCUCCGUGUUGCAUAGCUGUCAAUGUGGCGUUGUCUUGGAAGGAGGUUCGCGGUGAAAACCAAGCCACCCACCCACCAUUUUGCAGUGCACCGUGCAAAGACGCGACUGCAAACUUUGACAGCUGUGCAACUCCUGCCACAAUGAAGCCGGGUUCAUGGCUAGAGAGAGGUGAUAAGUUUUAAUGCAGAUUUGGGAUGAGUUAAAUGUCGGCUUUAUAACAAAAUGCAAUAGCUUGUAUAAAGUCAUGUUCAAUGAAGAGUGGAGCCCCAUAGGAAGCCGGUUAAAUUCAAACAACCCUUUGGGUGUCCUAAAAGCCCUCUUCGUGUUUGAAGCCUCGUCAAAAUCCCGACAGGAGGUCAAGGGUGGAAAAAAACCGCUUGCCCGCCAAAGCGUCCAGCGAAUGGUCCAUACGAGGCAAGGGUAUGCAUCCGCAACGGAAACAUUGUCAAGCUUGCGGACAUCAACACAAAAUCGCAAACUGCCGACGUGCUUUUUAACAAGUUCGAUCGGAGCACCCCAUGGGCUGGUGGAUGGUGAGAUUAUGUUACUGCCAAAGCCACCUGUUCAGCCUUAUAGACGAUUUCACUCAGUCAAUAGGGUAAUUCUGCUAAUCUGUUGAACAUAUUUUGUAAGUGAUGUCACAGUGAAUGAGACAUGUUCCCGGGGCUCCUCAACAUACGAGUGCGUAUACAUCACAGUGCACCUCCAAUUGGCACGGUGGGCUACGUACGGUGCGAAAUAAAUGUACAUACUACACUAAAAUACACUCUACACUACACAGUCUUCCACUAUACACCACGAUACACUACUAUACACUACACUAUACACCACGAUACACUACACUUAUACACUACACUAUACACCAUGAUACACUACACUUAUACACUAUACACUACUCUACACUACACUGUCUUCCACUAUACACCACGAUACACUACUACGAGGAUCAGUUCUAGCUACAUGUGGUGAGAAAGAAGUUAAACAAAUACAUAGGGCACGAUGCGCUACACUUAUACACUACACUAUACACUACACUAUACACUACUAUACACUACACUAUACACUACUAUACACUACACUUAUACACUACUAUACACUACACUAUACACUACUAUACACUACACUU